AUGGCCUCAGCGGAAAUACAGACUCUGUUGCGAUUUUUGUCAAAAGAUGCCAAGUUACCAUUGGCGUCUGCCAUGGGCAAAGUCAUGGAUCUCCAGAAAGCCAACCUAAUAUCCGUGGAGCAACUUUCAAAAGCAGACAUUAAGUCUCUUCAGGAGAUUUUCAAAGAUGACAAGGUCGCUAAACAGGUGCUGAACGCUGCCAAGAGAGCCUCCAAAAAGCGUCAAGCGCCAACUGGCAAUGCAGACUCGCCACAGAAAAGGGCCAGGGGAGCAGCUGGCAUUGAUACCACACCGUACGAGACUGAAUCGGCACUUUCUUUGCCUAUCUCAUCGGCGUCGGAAGAUGAGCUGUCGCGGAUUAUUCUGUUAACUAACAGGGCGCCUCUUGUGCUCGCAUUUGCAGUCUGUGUCUUGAAAUACACGAUGCCAGAGCAGCCAAUCUCCAGCAGACUCAGCCUUGCUCAAGCUGUGGUCAGUGCCAACAGCCGCUCGAAGGCCAUCAGCCUAGGAAUUGAAAGCGGCAAAACCGCGGAGCAAGAAGGUUGGGGUGAAGGCCAUCCUGUAAUCAAAGUCCUAGGGCGAGAGAUCAAUGUUCUAAAACGGUGGGAUUAUAAUCCCCAAGAAGGCAGACCAACAGAAGAACCAAGCCUAGAGCAAGAUGGUGGGAACGCUGCCGCCGCAUCUGCCGAGAUCUUGGGCAAAGGAGAUUCAGAUGGCUCAGACACAUCGCCUCCUCUUUGGGGCGUGGAUCUUGAAGCCCUACGGACUGCCCAGGGCAGUGGUGCGAGUCCUGCUACGAAAGGCAAUACAAGUCUUCCCAUCUUCACGCCGAAUUCUGCAAAAUCAUAUCUCUACAGAUCCUUUACUGAAGCGGUUACAGGGACUGCAGAGACUGACAGUGGCUCCAGCAAGACAAAACGCAAGUCGGUCAAGCAAUUGGAAGCCGAGAAAGAGACUUGCUUGGGCUACUUACUGCAAGCUAUAGACCUGGUCUGCCAGUCCUGGGCCAGCACUCUCAGCAAAGAGGAGCUGGAUAGACGUGCUUGGGCCUGGUAUCUUCGCGUGAGGCCGGACGUUCAGAGUGGGCCAGGAGGUUGGGGCGAAAAAGGGCAAGUGAAAUUGUCGGAUAUCCUGGCGCUCCGAAGAAAUCCUUGA